ACGGAGCCAGCGCUCGAGAAGAAAUCAUCUCUAGAAUUUCUCCAAAAAAUAAAAACCUAAUUCUCUAAAUAUCGUAACCAUGGCUCUGGGAAGCGAGAAUCAAACGUCUCUGUUCUACAACGAUGACUCCCUGUCGCCGGUGAGCGGUGGCGCGUCCGUUGUCCGGCGGAAUGCCCGGGAACGCAACCGCGUCAAGCAGGUCAACAACGGCUUCAGCCAACUCCGGCAGCACAUACCGGUGGCCGUGAUAGCCGACCUGAGCAACGGUCGUCGCGGCAUCGGACCCGGUGCCAACAAGAAACUCAGCAAAGUCAGCACUCUGAAAAUGGCAGUCGAAUACAUCCGCCGACUCCAGAAGCUGAUCGACGAGAACGACCAGCAGCAGCAGCAACAUCAGCAGCAGCAACUGCAACAGCAACACAUGCACUUCCAGCAACAGCAGCAGCAGCAGCAACAUUUCUACGCGUGGCAGCAACAAUUGCAACUCAGCUCACCCACUGGCAGUGUCAGUUCGUGCAACAGCAACACCAGCAGCAGCAGCAACAGCUCGUCGUACUACACUCCCUCUGCAACAUCCGCAACAUCUACAACAUCGCCUGUUGCCAUUUCCACCAAAUUGGAAAACAGCUACGAAGAUUAUCGCAACAACUCCUGCAGUUCCGGCGCCGAGGAUGAUGACAUCCUCGACUACAUUUCCCUCUGGCAGGACGAUCUUUAAGCAAAUCCCAAAGGACCCACCAUCCUUUGCUAGUCGCAUGCCACACACACACACACACUGCAAACCAUUGAUUGGCCAACACGAAGUAUUACCUCAGCCGCAAAGUAUUUAUUAUCCAAAACUAAAAACAUACAACAUUUUUUUUUCAACCUGUACAAAGUAUUAUGUAAGAGAGCGCUGUAUGUGCCUGGUUUUUAUAUAGUUUAUAAGACUGUUUAGCCCUAAGAUCUAGUUCAUAAUGGAAGACAAUGUAGUUUUAAGAACUUUUUUUUUUUACA